CGCCCCGCCCCUUUCCGGGAGCCUCGUGCCGGGGGCCGCGCCGGGAGGGGCCCGGGUCCUCCCUGUCCCCCCGACCCCCCCGGACCCUGAGGGAUAUAAGGCGCAACGCGAGCGGGGACUCGUCCACACCAGGGUCCGGAGGAGCGAUGGUCACCCGGGAUCGAGCGGAGAACAGGGACGGCGCCAAGAUGCUGAAGCCGCUGGUGGAGAAGCGGCGCCGGGAUCGCAUCAACCGCAGCCUGGAGGAGCUGAGGCUGCUGCUGCUGGAACAGACCCGGGACCAGAACCUCCGGAACCCGAAGCUGGAGAAGGCGGAGAUUCUGGAGUUCGCCGUGGGCUACUUGAGGGAGCGCAGCCGGGUGGAGCCCCCGGGGGUCCCCCGGUUCCCAGCCCAGGACGCCGAGGCGCUUGCCAGCUGCUACCUGUCCGGCUUCCGAGAGUGCCUGCUCCGCCUGGCGGCCUUCGCCAACGACGCCAGCCCGGCCGCCCGCGCCCAGCUCUUCUCCGCGCUGCACGGCUACCUGCGCCCCAAGCCGCCCCGCCCGGAACCCCGAGAUCCGAGGCCCCACGCCCCGCGCCCGCCGCUGGACCCCGCCGCCCCGGCGCCCGGCCCCGCGCUGCACCCGCUCCCCCCCGUGCACCCGGGCUCCCCCAGCCCCGGGUGCGCCUGGUCCCCGUCCCCCUGCUCCCCCCACGCCGGGGACCCCGGCGAGCCGGCACCCCUCACCGGACUGCUGCCGCCGCGUCCGCCUCCUCACAGACAAGACGGGGCGCCCAAGGCCCCGCCGCCCCCGCCGCCCGCUUUCUGGAGACCUUGGCCCUAAGCUUUGGGGGGCGGGGGCGGGGCUGGGGGGAGGGUAGAGACUCCAGCCUGAGGGCAGCAGAGGGAUCCGGGCGUCGGGGCGAGGAGGUGUUGGGGAGGGCGGCGGGGCGCGCGGGCGCAGCGCGCGGGUGAGAUGUGGUCUAUAUUAGAGUAUCUAUAUAAAUAUAUAUUUUCCUGGUUCCUGUCCCUUUCCCCGGCUCCCCCCUUGCGUCUAGGAUUGUACCCUCUCUGUCCCAGCCCAGCCCCAACCCCUUCUCGAGUCCCUAGUGCAUGGAAUAAAGUGGUUAUUAAAUCCCCGUGUGUCCCAAAGCCAGGGGCCUGCCUUUAUCUCGGCGUCCACGCCUACUUUCCCUUCCCUUCUGUCUCCCGUCCCCCCAGUCCUGCUCUCCGAGGCCCAAGCCCCAGGGCAGACAGGUAAGUAAAGAAGAGAGCAGAGCAGAGACCGACAGUGGAGCUGAAAGGAGGAAAAGAGAGUUAGGAUAGAGGGAGAAGGGACGGGAACCUUUAG